AUGAGCGUGGUGGUGCAGCAUGUGGAGGAGAAAGCUGUGCACUCUUGGUCACGCAUCUCCACGGCAGGGAAGAAGGCCCUGGAGGAGGCGCUUCUUGUCUUUAACCCCAUGAGCCAGGAUCUCAGUGCUACAGAGGCCCAGCUUGUGGCUUUCCUACAGGGCUUGCGGGAUGAUGGCUUCCAACCUACCGUCCUGCGCAGUGGCGAUGUCUAUGGCUACAGUUCGUGUACAGCCAGCCCCCCAAGCCAGACGAAGCUGCAAGCUCGUGCCCCCACCCCAGCUGCAACAUCACCUCCAGCUAGUGCUCCCCGAACUGCCAUGCGGCUGCCCGCAGGCCGGGCCACACUACUCCCUAUGCCACUUUCUGGCAGGCUCGCCAAAGCAUCCACACCAACCCUUGCCAAGCAUGCUACUACAAACCUACUGCUGAGUUCCCUGAAGCAGUCAAGCGCCAGCCGGGCCCGGGGUGCAGCAAUGGGCUUCCCUGCUCACCUCUAUCCAGGUGUCUACCCUGCCAUGCGGCUCUCUGUUGUCCUCGAGGCCUUGGUUCCACUCAAGACUCCUGUGCCCUGCUUGGGUGCCAAGCACAAGGCGCAGUCAUUGCAACUCUCACUUGCUUCUCCCUUGAAGCUGCGGAAGGGUCCAGGGAAGGGUUCGGGGAACUCCCUGCCCAAGGCUCCCAGAAAAACGACAAGCAAGGGCCCCAAAUGUCUGACUCUCAAAGGUCCUAGGGCCAGGUCCCAGCGAGGCACUGGACCCCACAGCAAGACCUGCAAAGCCACUGGGUCCCUCAGUGGCCUGCGGGUAAAAGGGGGCUCUGCCCUGGGCACCAAAACAGCCCAGGCCAAGGCAACUCGAACACUGGCCAAAGCUGCCCGUGCCCAGGCCAAGGUGGCCAAGGUCCGGGCCAAAGCUAAGGUGGCACGGGCCAGGGCCAAGGCCAAGGCCGCAAAAAUCAAGGCCAAGGCCAAGACAGUGCAGGCCAAGGCCAAAGCAGUGCAGGCCAAGGCAAAGGUCACUCAGAUCCAGCCUGGGGGCAGAGGCAAGCCCAAGGGGGCUCAGACUGCAAGGGGGGUCCGGAAAAGCUGUUCUGAGACUGUGGGGCAGAAGAGAAAAAGGGCCGAGGAGACAAAGGCACUUCCUCCCCGGAAGAGAACACGGCUUGGGCCCCGAUCCCCUAAGGUACGCCUAGGGCCUGGUGUGGCAAAGCUGCUAAAAUUCCGGGCCAUCAAGGUAGAUCGACGGUUCUCAGAUGAUGAGGUGCGGCAGUGGGCUCAACAGAUCCUCCAUGUGAACCUGUCCCCGGUGAUACAGCUCCAGCCACUGCUGCCAUACUCUGCACCCUGA